UUCACACUUUGUUCUUUUCCCCAAAUACUUUCAAUCCAACAGCAACCAUGAGGCUCUUUCUGCUGAUUCUUAUCUGUUCUUGGGGACUCACAGGAUGCAUGGUGGAAGGUGUAGGAAGUGAAGUCAUAAAAAAGAGUUUUUGUGUGAGCUGGAGCCAGCCCCUUCCAAGCAAGAGGGUGAAGAGCUAUACCAUUGCUGAAGGCCCCAUGAAAGCAGUGAUUUUUAUCACCCGCAAAGGAUUUAAAAUCUGUGCCAAUCCAGAGGCCAACUGGGUAAAAAACGUCAUCGAUUCUGUGGAUAGCAGAAGGAAAACUGAAACGACAACAACUUCACAGCCAAUUAAUAACUAGGCCUCUAUCAAGUCUGGGCUGAUAGCAUUUUUCUAGGUUGUGUGUUGGAUUGGAUAGCAUUAACUUGGGAUGAGGAAUUACCUGUGUUCAAACCUUUCCUCAGAAUCCUUAUAGCUUUGCUAUUUUAGUCAAAUCAUUUAACUUUGCCAAGCUUCUGUUUUUUUUCAUCCUUCAAAUGGGGACAAUAUUUGUAGAAUUUGCCUUAUAGGAUUACUUAUGAAAACCAAAAGAGAGAAUGUAUGUUAAGUGCUUUGCAAACCUAAAAAUACCAUAUAAAAAUCAGUGAUUCUUACUAACACAUUGUCUAUUGUCAGCUUUCAAAAGAAAUAAAGUGUCUGCAUUCACACAAA